CGUAAUAAGGAUAUAAAGUUUACAAGACCUACUACCGUUUAGUUCUUAUUUUGCGCUUACGGUGACAACUACCAAAUCUACUAUCUGCUAGAUACAUUUAUAUUGGAUUUUAAGUUAACUUAAUAGAAACCGUGUUUAUUAAAUAAAAGAAAAUAUGACGUCCUACACAGACAAGGGGAAAAAACCUGAAGACGGUCGGUUCCUAGCUUUCGAUCAUGUAACCUUCUGGGUUUCAAACGCUAAACAGGCCGCUAGUUAUUACGUCACACGGUUCGGGUUCGAACCGCUCGCUUACAAAGGUUUAGAAACAGGAUCCAGGCAGUUUUCCUCUCACGCUGUCAGAUUAAAUAAAAUCAUUUUCGUGUUUGAGGGUCAGUAUAACCCAGAAGAGACAGAUUUCAUCAACGAAGUAGGUUAUCACGGCGACUUUGUGAAGGAUGUCGCCUUUGAAGUUGAAAACUUGGAUUACAUUCUAAACUACGCUAAAAAACAAGGUGCAGUUGUUAUCAAGGACGUUUGGGAAGAAAAAGACGAGCAUGGAGUGGUCAAGUCAGCUACACUUAAAACGUACGGCGACAAUACGCAUACUUUAGUGGAUAGAUCACAAUAUAAGGGACCCUUCCUGCCUGGAUAUCAGAUGUUACAGAAGGAUCCCAUUCAUAAAUUCCUACCGAAGGUGGAGAUUAACUUCAUAGAUCACGUUGUGGGAAAUCAACCAGACAAUGGUCUCGAGGAAGCGGCGUCGUGGUAUGAACGCUGUCUGCAGUUCCAUCGGUUCUGGUCGGUGGACGAUAAGCAAAUAUGCACGGAGUAUUCGUCACUGCGAUCAAUAGUGAUGGCGAACUAUGAGGAGACGGUUAAGAUGCCGCUCAACGAACCCGCAGACGGCAAACGGAAGAGUCAGAUUCAGGAAUACGUGGAGUACCACGGGGGUGCGGGAGUUCAACACAUCGCUUUGAACACAGAAGAUAUCAUAACUGCCGUUGAAAAUCUUCGAGCACGAGGAGUAGAGUUCUUGACAAUUCCAUCAAAGUACUACAAGCUGAUCAGAGAAAAACUAUCACACAGCAAGGUGAAGGUGGCUGAGAGUAUAGACAUAUUGGAGCGCCUCAAUAUCCUCAUUGAUUACGAUGAUGACGGGUAUUUACUGCAGAUAUUCACAAAGAACACCCAGGAUCGCCCCACACUCUUCUUGGAAGUUAUACAGAGAAGAAAUUUCAAUGGUUUCGGCGCCGGUAACUUUAAAACUUUAUUCGAAUCCAUAGAAAUCGAGCAAGAAAAGAGAGGAAACUUAUAAAUCUUAAACAAUCGACACGUCUUCAGAACGUUCAAUAGACGUCUCAUUGAUACUAUUAUGUAAUUUUUAUAUUAAGUAAUUCACUAAAAUAUGAUAGUAUUUAAUUUCUAAGAUAUUUCUUUUUAUUUGUAAUGUAAACGGAAUGAAAAUUUGUGUACAUAUAUUAUUAUAAAAUGGAACCGACGAUAAUGAUGUGAAAUAUUUAGUAAAAAAUAUAUUAGUCCACAAAAUAGAUCUUUUAAUAAUUUAAACGUAAUCAUAAUAUUUUAGAAUGUUAUCCCCGCGAUAGUACCCCUGUUUAACCACUGUUUAAAUCCCUAUUUAAUCAAUUGAUAGCUGCAUUUUGUAUGGUAGAAAAUGAUCUUUCUUUUUAUAUAUAUUUAUGAAUUUAUCAAGCGGAAAAUUUUGGUCGUCGAUAAACUGUCUGAAACACUUUAUUGCUAACAAAAAAGUUUAACAGUCAAGGACUUUAAAUAAAUCCUUGAGGAACCCAAGGAAAUGUUUGUUGAAAAUUCAGAUAAGUAGUAUUAAAAAUUAAUAUAAUAAAUUUCCAGAUUUUGUUAAAGAAUAACAAUAUCAGUCCGCUUAAAGUAGUUUGAAAAAUGAUUUAUAGUUAGUUCAACUUGUAAUCUUCCCAUAGACCUCUAAACUUGAUGAUGAAUGAAUUAAUACUAAAUAAUAAUAUAUGUAGUAACAACAGAAAGAGAUGGAAAUAUUAGGUUAAGGAACGUGUAUUGGGAUUCAUUUGUCAAAAGUACUAUUAAUAUUUUAUAGUACCGUCGAGAAGGUUACAUGCAUAUAUGUA